AUGUCAGAUUGGAGUGGGACCUAUUCGUCAUCAGAAGCUGUUAAGGCUUCCCUGGAUUCAGAGAUGCCUGGACCAGCCCUGAUGAGAGGUUCAAGUUUGGAAAGAGAUAUCAUAGGUGGUAAAUUGGUACCUGCUGAUAUCGAUGAAUGUGUUUUGAGGGUGUUACAUUAUGUGAGGGAAGCACAACAAUCAGGUAUCGACUUCGAGAAAGAGGAAGAUACUAUCAACACACCUGAGGUCCGAGCUCUUCUCAGGGAGGCAGCCGACUCCGCGAUCGUCCUCUUGAAGAACGAACAUAAAGUCCUACCUAUCUCCGUAUCGGACAAGAAGAAGAUUGCUGUGAUCGGCCCCAAUGCUCGAACCGCUUCUUAUGCUGGUGGAGGAAGCGCUAAUCUCGCACCUACCUAUCUCGUCACUCCACUACAAGCUAUCACCAGACAUGCUGAGAGCAUUGGCGCUGAAGUCAAGUAUACUAUCGGAUCAGACUCUUCCAGAUGGACACCUCUCCUGACGCCUUAUAUAUCUCAUCCUCAGAAAGGCAAAGCUGCAGGUCCAGGUGUGCAAUGUGAUUUCUACGAUCAAAACCCAUGGGAGGAAGAUGUCAAACCCUUGUUCUCCAAAUUCAACAAUUCGGCAUUCUCAUAUUUCAUCGAUGGUAUCCCCAAAGAAGUACCUGUACGAGGUUAUGUUUCCCUCAAGACCAUGUUCACCCCCGAUGAAAGUGGACCUGUGACAGGUCAAGCGGAUCUGUAUAUCGAUGGCCAGAAAAUCAUCGAUAACUCUACUGAUCAGAAAGAAGGUCUACUUUUCUUCAAUACCGGAGCUGAAGAGAGGACCGGAGAAGUCGAGGUCGAAGCUGGUAAAUCCUAUGACAUUGAAGUCCGCUUCUCCAACUUCAAACAGCUCAACGCCAUGUCUCCAUAUACUGGAAGACGAGGUGGUAUCAGAAUUGGUGGUAAGAAAAGGCGUGAUCCUCAAGCUGAGAUUGAGAAAGCUGUAAAACUUGCAACUGAAUCUGAUGUUGCGAUCGUUUGUGUUGGUACCAACUCUGAAUGGGAAUCCGAAGCAUACGACAGAGAAGAUAUGAAGCUUCCACCUGGAACAGACGAUCUGGUUCGAGCCAUCUUAGCCGCCAAACCAGAAGCCAUCAUCGUGAACCAGUCUGGUAUGCCCGUUGAAUUCCCAUGGAUUGACUCGGCUUCUACCGUCAUUCAAGCGUUCUUCGGCGGAAACGAAUGCGGUACGGCCAUUACAGAUGCAAUCUUCGGUACAAUUAAUCCAAGUGGUAAAUUGCCAGUCACAUGGGCGAAAGUGGUGGAGGAUUUCCCGAGUCACGAAGAUUUUGGUCAUCCGAUUGAUACGGUUUAUUCGGAAGGUAUCAAUGUCGGUUAUAGAUAUUUCGAUAGGAAGAACCAUCCAAAGAGUGCUUUCCCAUUCGGUCAUGGUUUGAGUUACACCACAUUCGAGUUCAGCGAUUUAAUAGUCAAACCCGAAGCGUUCGAAGCCAAAGCUACUUUCACGAUCACUAACACGGGCGAUCUUGCAGGGGCUGAAGUGGCCCAAAUCUAUGUCCAUGAUCUCGCACCUGUCGUGGAGAGGCCCGAGCACGAAUUGGCGGGUCUGAAGAAAGUAUUGUUACAACCUGGGGAAUCGAAGCAGGUGACAGUUAAUCUUGACGAGAAGUCUUGGAUAGGUCGAAGAGGAGACUAUGAGAUUCGAGUUGCAACGUCAUCAACCAAAAUCCACCUUUCGAAACCUGUUCAUCUCGCCAGAUCAUUCAAGUGGAUAGGUCUUCAAGAACCUCAAUUGUACGAACCAAAUUGGUUGUAA